GGUAGACACAGUUCGCAAGGACGGCUGCCGGACCGACGUCGGCUUCGACACACACACACACAUAGAUGUUCUUUGGCGGAGGCGCUCCAUUGCAUACAGCCUGCACGGCCUAGCUGAGCCAUGGAGGGAGCUCCCGUGACAGCAGCCACGGGGGCCUUGGGGCCCGUCGUGGCCAAGUUGGGUGCUUUGCUGGGCAGUGAGUACAAGCUUCGGCGCCAGACUCGGAAGGACGUCAGGUUCAUCAAAUCCAAGCUCAAGUCUAUGCACUCUAUUCUUUGGGCGACAUGGGAGAAGGAGGUUCUCCAUGCGGAAUCCAAGGACUUGAAGAAGGAAGCGCUGGACCUCGCCGACGACAUGCACGACGUUGUCGACGACUUCAUCCUCACCAUGGAGCGCAGCCGCAGAAGCAAGAACCUUAUGGUGCAGAGCAAGAUCAAAGCUAGCCCCUUCCAUGAUUUCAGGGCAAGAGUAGAUGAUGUGUCCGCCCGGUGCCGCAGCAAGUGGAAGUCGGACAAGAAGAAGUCUGCUCAACCCAUCUCCAGCUUAUUUUCAAGAAAGGCCGCCAAAUCCAGUACCCCCAGCAAACCGCCUCCUCUUCAAGCUCCAUUUGUCAGCAAGGAUGCGUCAAAGCUCGUUGGUAUGUGCAAAUGGAGGGAUGACCUCAACAAAUACCUGGCGAUUGAAAAUCGGUUCCAGUCCCGGGCUUUUGUGUCCGUCACUCCAACUCCCAACAUGAAGGAGGUUCUCACAAGCAUUCUCCAACAAGUAGGAGCUCAACCACCUGCUGGCAACCAAGCAAGGUCGGAGGAACAUAUCAUCCACGCCAUAUCGAAUUUCCUACAGGACAAAAGGUACCUAGUAAUAAUUGAUGACAUAUGGCAUCGUGGAGAAUGGGACAUCAUCAGGAGGUCUUUUCCAGAAAAUAAUCUUGGUAGUAGAAUUGUCAUCACAACUCGUAAUGCUUCUCUACUACAAGGAGAUGAUUUGGAAAACAGCAAGCUCAACAUCAGAAUGAAUACUGAAUGGGAUAUAUGGACACGAAAAUGGCUCUAUGGACCUGACAAGGAAGAUGUCGCUGCUCAGAUGAAGCCUGACAUGGGUGGAAAAGGUUUCGACUGUGACCAUCCUAUUGUGCGCAUGUGUGGUGGUGUGCCGUUAGCACUACUUUGCAUGUUUUCAGCAAUGGCAAUUGUCAGAGAGCAACAAGAAAAACUAGGGGUACAUGUAAAGGAACCUGAUGUGCAAGAUAUGAUUGAGAAGCAGCUUAAGCAAAGCGGAAUUCAGAACACUCCAGGGUUUGGACCAUUGGUAGAGAGUUUGCAGCUUGGCUACGCCGAUCUUCCUCACCAUAUGUUGAAGACCUGCUUGUUGUACUGCAGUAUAUACCCUGAGAAUUACCCUUUUCACAUGAAUGAUUUGGUCAUGAGAUGGGCCGCUGAAGGAUUUAUUUGUAAAGAGGACACAGGAAAAGGUUAUUUCGAAGAGCUUUGCAAUAGGGGAUUUAUGCUGCAUUUGCAACAGAGUCUGUUUGGCAUGCCCUGCUAUCAAAUGAAUCCGAUGAUGUGGAAUUUCCUUAGAUGGAAAUCGCGUGAAGAUAAUUUCAUUACUUGCAGUUCUGACAUCACAUUGGCAUAUGCAUGUCGAAUCCAUAGGCUAUGUAUGGAUGAUUAUCUAAUUGUUGACAGUGCGGUGGAGGUGGUGGAUGCCUUGUUGGAACUGGAUUGGUCCCAGAUUCGAUCUCUUGUUGUUUUUGAAGGUGCUAAAAGAUAUGUCCCUUUUGAGAAGUUGGAACGUGUGCGGGUGUUGGAUCUUCAAUAUCAUCAGCAAUAUCUUGUAUUUGAAAAGAAUCGUUCGGUUUUUGUGUGGGGUGUUGAAGUCAGAAAGGCUCUUGGGAAUCAUCAUGUGAAGGAUAUAUGUGGACUGCUCUCUGUGAGGCACAUAUUCGGCCUAGAAGGGACCGAAAUCGGUGAGAUACCAUCGGAAAUAGCAAGGCUGCAGCAUCUGGAGACUUUGCAGGUAAGAUUCACAUGGAUCACAGAGUUACCCUGUGAGAUUGGGGACCUACAACAGUUGAAGACUCUGGACGUGAGUCGCAACACUAAGCUGGCAAAGCUGCCUAGGGAGAUAGGGGAUCUGCAGCAUUUAGAGACUCUGGACCUGAGCUGUAACAGGUUGACGGGGCUGCCACGUGAGAUCGGGAACCUCCAGAAUUUGGAGAAUCUGUACCUGAAUGCGACCAUGCUGGAAGAACUACCUCCGGAGACAUGGAAGUUGCAGCAUUUGAAAGCACUGGAGGUGGGCUGGGCCAGGAUCAAAAGGCUAGGCAGUGAAAUCGGGGAGCUGCAACAUUUAGAGACCUUGGACCUGAGUCACAACACAGAGCUCACACAGCUGCCUCAUGAGAUGUGGAAACUGCAGAAUUUGAAGCGGCUGCUCUUGAAUGGUACAGGGGUGACGAAGAUACCAAGGGAAAUUGGAGGGCUCAAGAAGCUAGAAAUUUUGGAAUUAGACGAUGCCGUCGGUGCACUGCCUUGGGAAGCUAGUCAGCUCUUGAAAUUGGAGGGGGUGCCCGAGUGUGUCCGCCAAGCCUUGAAGAAGAGUGAUCUUGUGUCUGAGUUAGCCAAGGAGAUGCUGUCCGUUCGGCUGGUUAAUCAGGCCACUGAUAGCGGGGGCCUAAUUGUUGGCACAAAACACAUGCAGAUUCCACGGUGGAUCAAGGAUCACUUCAACGACCUUGGCUCCUUGGAUAUCAGGAUCUGCAAGCUAGAGGAGAAGGAUCUCAAGAUUCUGCGGGAGAUGCCCAACCUGUACGAUCUGAAGCUAAGGCUGGAGGUGGUCCCGAGAGAUCCCAUAGCCAUCAGUGGUGAAGGGUUCACGAGGCUCUACAAACUCCUUGUUGACAGCCGGUGCAUGCCAUGGUUUACCUUCCAGGAAGGAGCGAUGCCGGUGUUGUUUAUACUUGUUUUCGAGUUCCAGUUCUAUGGUGGCCCACCCCCACCUGCAAAUAAAGGCCCUCAACUGGGUGUCAGACACCUCCCGUGCCUCUGGUUGGUCUCCUUUAAAUGCAGCCAGGAAUGGUAUGGAGGAGCAGCAGAGAGCAGCCCGUGCAUGAGCGCCAUGAUUGACAUGGUGAGGAAAGAAGCCCAGGAGCAUCCCGACCGGAUGAUGUUUGACGUCUCUGGCCGCGGGCUUGAGGAAUUUCCAGCCAAGGAAAGCUUGGCGCGGGAGGUUUCCAUCAGCAGUCGGACUGGCGCCGAGUCUUUUCCAGAGAAGAAUAAUGCACAGGAGGUUUCCAGCAGCAGUGCGACGGGGGAGAUCAAGAAGGAUGAGGAGGAGAUCCUGGAAGCAGCAGCAGCGUGA